CAACUGCCACACUUUAUGCCAGAAAGCUGCCUCCACAUUGCCAUGGGUGUCCUGGUUGGUGGCAUUAUUUUUGGCACUGAUCAUAAAUCCCCACCUGUUAUGACGACAAGCAUUUAUUUCCUGUAUCUGCUCCCACCCAUUAUCCUGGGGGGAGGCUAUUUUAUGCCGACUCGUCCCUUCUUUGAAAACUUUGGCUCAAUUCUUUGGUGGUCUGCAAUGGGGUCCCUCAUAAAUGCCUUUGGCAUUGGCAUCUCACUUUAUGGGAUUUGCCAGAUCACAGCUUUCGGCCUCAAGGAUGUGAACCUACUUGACAGCCUGCUGUUUGGCAGCAUGAUAUCAGCUGUGGAUCCUACAGCUGUCUUGGCUGUGUUUGAGGAGAUGUCUGUAAAUGAGCAGCUUUACAUGAUGAUAUUUGGAGAAUCUUUGCUGAAUGAUGGGAUCACUGUGGUCUUAUACAACAUCUUCAUUGACUUUACCCACAUGCAUAGAUAUGAAGAGAUUGAACCAGUUGAUAUCCUGGCUGGAUUUGCUCGCUUUUUUGUCGUGAGCCUUGGAGGACUGCUGUUUGGCAUUGCCUUUGGGUUUGUGGCAGCAUUCAUGACUCGCUUCACGCAGAACAUUUCUGCAAUUGAACCUCUCCUGGUUUUCAUGUUCAGCUAUUUGUCAUACUUAGCUGCAGAGACACUUUACAUUUCUGGCAUCUUGGCGAUAACAGCAUGUGCAGUGACUAUGAAAAAAUACGUGGAGGCAAAUGUUUCCCAGAAUUCCUACACGACAAUAAAAUACUUCAUGAAAAUGCUUAGCAGCAUUAGUGAGACCCUGAUCUUUGUGUUCAUGGGAGUGUCCACGGUUGGGCGGAACCACGAAUGGAAUUGGGCCUUUGUUGGCUUCACUCUGGUCUUCUGCAUGCUUUGGAGAGCACUAAGUGUUCUUUUGUUGUUCUGCAUUAUCAACAAGUUCCGGACUUACAGAUUCACUCUUAAAGAUCAGCUCAUUAUCAUCUACAGUGGUCUACGAGGGGCCAGCAGUUUCUCCCUUGCAUUUUUGCUGCCUUUAGCUCUCUUUCCUAGGAAGAAAAUGUUUAUUACUUCUACUAUUGUGGUGAUUUAUUUUACUGUCUUCAUUCAGGGAAUCACCAUUAGACCGCUUGUAAAGUACCUGGAUGUUAAGAAGACCAAUAAAAAAGAGUCCAUCAAUGAGGAAAUUCAUGUGCGAUUGAUGGACCAUUCAAAAGCGGGAAUUGAGGAUAUAUGUGGGCACUGGAGUCAUUAUCAACUGAGAGACAAAUUUAAGAAAUUUGACAAUAGAUUCCUUAAGAAGAUCUUAUUACACAAGCAGCAGCCUAAAUCCAGCAUCGUUUCUCUGUACAAGAAACUGGAAAUAAAAGAAGUCAUUGAGAUGGUAGAGAGUGGGGAGAUGAAGCCAUCUACUUCCGAAUCAUCUUUUUUGAGGUUUAGAAAUCAAAGAGUGCACAGACUUUCCCCUGAAGAGGUGGAGUCCAUACAGAAUAUACUGGCACAUAAUUUGUAUCAAGUGAGACAAAGGACACUGUCAUACAACAGGUACAACCUUGCCACAGACACAAAUGAGGAGCAAGCCAAAGAAAUCCUCAUUCGACGCCAGCACAGCCUGAGGCAGACCAUAAGGAAAGGAUACAGCCUACCUUGGGGAGGGCAGGCUGCUAUCAAAACCAUGCGUUAUUUGUCUUUACCCUUUGGUAAUGCCCAGCCAACUAGAAGGGAUGCCAGGAAUGAUGAUGAUCUAACAGGGGAUUGUAGCAGCGACUCUGAGUCUGUGUUCAUCAAGCUCAGUUCAGAGCCUUGGCCAGGAUCACAGCGAAGAAAGUGGCGACAGCAGGAAUCGCUUCCAAUGAAGCAGCUGCAUUCAAAAGUUGAGCUGGCAGGUUUUACAGGUCAGAAAAGAAGAACAAAUCAAAGCGAUGAAAGAGCCAGAAUACAAAAACCUCUGUUACUGCCGAAGCCUCCGCUUAAUGUCGUGCCUGAAACCGAUAUUAUACAGGAACUUGAAUCAGAGGAUGAGUGGAACAGGGCACCAUUCCCAUUAGCACCCUCUGUCAAAUGGGCUGCAGAAACCAGAGGUGAUUUUGAUGGGGCCCAAAGAUACUUUAGUAGAAGAAAAAAGUGAUUUUUCUUCUUCUUCACAGAACAUAAUUGCAGUUUAUGCCUUUGUGCCAUUGUCUCUUAUGGAAAUUGUUGGAGACCCCUGAACUCAUCCUGAUUCCAGUUUAACUGACAGAAGAUGCUGGCAUUGUUAGAUGCAAAAUAAAAUGUUU